GUGACGACUCUCCUGAACCGCUCUAGAAACAUCUCUGCACCCCUCGGGUUUUACAUGGUUUUACACUGGGUUUUUAGCAUUUUAGCGUUUAAACCUUGACGGCAAUGUCUGUCUUUAAAGACACGCGUUUAUAGCGUCUAAACACACUCGAUGAAGUAGAAGCAAUAUAAGCAUGUUUUCUUCUUUCUGACAAAGACAAACAUCAACCCUUAUGAACCCAAAGCUUCCCUGAAGCAUGGAGAGCUCAGAGUCCGGCCCAUCGCUGGGGCCCCUUGCAGCGCCGGACAGAGGCACGGAGCGACCCUCAGCAUCCCAUAAUCAGCCCUCCAAGCACCGGGAGCACCCGCCCAAGUCACCAAGGAGACGGCAUAAGGGGACAAGGUCACAGCAACGGGGGGCCGGUCAUGAACAGCUGCUGUGGGAGAGUGAGCGGCUGAGGUUGCCGGGCCAACAGGAGCACCUGGAGCCCUCUGGCUCAACGAGCGACACAGCGGAAAGCUCUCCUAAGAGGAGAGCCCACUUUCUACAUGGACCGUAUCCAGCCACUCACUUCGGACCCAAAGCCUGUAUUCUUCCCAACCCAACUUCAGUCAUGCACAUCCAGGACCCGGCCAGCCAGCGGCUCACCUGGAACAAACCUCCUGUCAACGUUCUUGUCAUCAGGAAAAUCAGAGAUGAGAGCCUCGUCGAGCCUUUCAAAGAGCUCUGCAGGUUUCUAGUGGAGGAGAAACAGAUGAUGGUGUACGUGGAGCGCAGAGUAGCAGACGACGCUACGCUGUCGAAGGACGAGGCGUUCGGAUCCAUCCGCAACCAGCUCUGCACCUUCAGAGAGGGUUACGAUGAUAUCUCUGACUGCAUCGACCUGAUCAUCUGUCUGGGUGGAGACGGGACUCUGCUCUACGCCUCCUCUCUCUUCCAGGGCAGCGUGCCUCCGGUCAUGGCGUUCCACCUCGGCUCUCUGGGUUUCCUGACGCCCUUCAAAUUCGAGUCGUACAAGACCGAAGUGGCCAAAGUGUUUGAAGGCAAUGCAGCCAUUACUCUGCGCAGCCGUCUGAAGGUGAAGGUGGUGAAGGACAUGCUCCAGAGGACGGGCCAGCAGCCGAGCAGCAGAGAGACACAGCAGCAGGAACACAACGGACUGCUCCCUCACACACACACCAACAGCGAGGCCGGAAAGGUCACCCUGCAGCUCCAGGUGUUGAAUGAGGUGGUGGUGGACCGAGGCCCCUCCUCCUACCUCUCCAAUGUGGACUUGUACCUGGACGGUCGCCUCAUCACCUCGGUGCAGGGAGACGGUGUGAUCGUGUCCACGCCCACAGGCAGCACAGCCUAUGCAGCCGCAGCCGGAGCCUCCAUGAUCCACCCCAACGUCCCCGCCAUCAUGGUGACCCCCAUCUGCCCCCACUCGCUCUCCUUCAGGCCCAUCGUGGUGCCCGCGGGGGUCGAGCUCAUGGUGAGAGGCAAACACUGAGAUCCUUGCAUGGUGUUUACAGAAAGGUGACAAACAAAAACCUUAACCAAGGAAACGUCUUAGAAAGGUAUUGGGUCAA